GACCAGAGCUUGAUUCAAAUCGCUUCUGCUUCUGGUCUGUGAAAUUUUGUAGUUUAUACAAACAAAUACAUAUCUAUUUUCUCAAUAUAUAUAUAUUUUAUAUAUAUACAUACACUAAGGCAAUGUGAUCAAAAUACAAUGGCCAUGGACGGUAGUUUCAGUCUUUAAUUUUCACUCCAAAGGUUCCUUGAUCGUUGCCCAGAGCUUCGGUCUUUCCCGCAGUUUGAUUCGCUUGCUAAUGAGAGAGACAUUGUGACAGAAGAGGAGGUGGUAAAGGUGCUGGGGGAGGUGUUUCUGCACCCAAAUUAUACCAUUCCUUUGAUGGGAUGUUUUCGCCCGAUAGCCAGAAAGGUAGUUGACAAAGCUGUGGGCUUGCUUUGGCAUCUGGGCAAGUCCAAUGCGAAUGACAUGUCAGUGGAGGUCGAAGAAGAGGAAGAUUUGAAUGAAGUUGUUUCGGUAAUUGAGCACUACAAUCAAGCUGGGAGGGGUCUUGAUCUUCACGAGCUUGCUUGCUUGGCCUUCUGUUGCGCCCUUGACUUGGCUCCUUUUUUAUUGGGGUCUAUAUUAAAAUAUUUCGAAUUUACUCCCCCUCCUUUUGAGCGCAUUUCAAAGGAAGGAAAAAAUCCUUGGCUGUGUGGUAAGGUUGUUACAGAUGCUGAAGUUUUUCGAAGAAAACCUAUGAUAUUACGCGACAAGGUUUGUUCGAUUUUUUACCGUACUCUACCAAGGCUAGCGCUUGAAAAGGUAGCAGCACACCUAUUCUCGAUUUAACAUGGACGAGCCACCCCAACUUAUGUCCUCUGCCUACAGCUUCACAUGUGGUCUGAUUUUCCUCUCGUUUUCAAUUGCAAAACUUUGUUCCUCUUGUUUUGGGUUUGUUUUUGAUUUUGUUUUUUUGGAAAGAAUGGGGAGUUGUUUGAUUUUGUGGGUGUUUUGCCCAAGAAAAUUUAUGGGUUUAUGGGUUGCUGGAGAUUGGGUUGGUUACUGUGUUUAUGGGAUUGUUUCUUGGUUUUAUUUAUGGUUUGGUUUGUUGGAUUUGUUUUUUGUUUUUAUGGAUUUGAUGAAGAUUGGAUUUGGGGUUUGUUAG